CCCAUCUCCCCCGGCGUCGCGUGUACUUCCUGCGUCCACGUAGCCAAGUACGUCUAAACGGAGCUAUAGCUGGUAGCUGCGGCCCAUGCAUGUGUACGUACAGUAGCCCCACGCUCCUUAUCACGGGGUAGCCAGUCGUCGGUUUCCUUGUUGUCUUCCUCCUCUGGUUGUUUUCUCUCCUCGAUCCGUCCGGCCAGACAUCGGUCGUGCCGUACGGGCCACAACGACCAACGUGUCGCACUGACUCGCUAUAAGUAAACGGAGUAUUAAAUUCCACGGCUCGCUGGGGAGCCUCGCCGUUGCAGCUAGCCAGCCAUGGCGUCGUCGGAGCUGCACUUCCUGCUGGUGCCGCUGGUGGCGCAGGGCCACAUCAUCCCCAUGGUGGACUUAGCCCGCCUCAUCGCGUCCCGCGGGGCACGCGUCACCAUCGUCACCACGCCCGUCAACGCGGCCCGCAACCGGGCCGCCGUCGACAGCGCCAAGAGAGCAGGCCUCGACGUCGGGCUCGUCGAGCUCCCCUUUCCCGGCCCGCAGCUCGGCCUGCCGGAAGGGAUGGAGAACGCGGACCAGAUGGUCGACAGGGGCAUGUACCUCAAGUUCUUCGAGGCCAUCUGGAAGAUGGCCGAGCCGCUCGAGCAGUACCUCCGGGCUCUGCCCCGGCGGCCGGACUGCCUAAUCGCAGACGCGUGCAACCCGUGGACGGCGGGCGUGUGCGCCAGCGUCGGCAUCCCGGCGCGGCUCGUGCUGCACUGCCCGUCCGCGUACUUCCUCCUCGCCGUGCAUAACCUGUCCGCGCACGGGGUUUACGACCGUGUCGGGGACGACGAGAUGGAGCCGUUCGAGGUGCCGGAUUUUCCCGUGCGCGCCGUCGGGAACAAGGCCACGUUCCGGGGCUUCUUCCAGUGGCCCGGCGUCGAGAAGGAGCACCGCGACGUGCUCCACGCCGAGGCCACCGCCGACGGGCUUCUCCUCAACACGUCCCGCGGGCUCGAGGGCGUCUUCGUGGACGCGUACGCGGCUGCGCUGGGCCGGAAGACGUGGGCCGUCGGGCCGACAUGCGCGAGCCUGGGUGCAGACGACGCCGACGCCAUGGCCGGCCGCGGCAACCGGGCCGAAGUCGACGCGGGCGUCAUCACGGCCUGGCUCGACGCGCGGCCGCCGGAGUCCGUGCUCUAUAUCAGCUUCGGCAGCAUCGCGCAGCUGCCCGCAAAGCAAGUCACGGAGCUCGCGCUUGGGCUAGAGGCCUCGGGCCGGCCUUUCAUCUGGGCCAUCAAGGAGGCCAAGUCCGACGCCGCGGUGAAGGCCUUGCUGAACUCGGAAGACGGCGGCGGGUUCGAGGAGCGUGUCAGGGACCGGGGCCUCCUCGUCAGAGGGUGGGCGCCGCAGGUGACCAUCCUGUCGCACCGCGCCACGGGGGGGUUCCUGACGCACUGCGGCUGGAACGCCACGCUGGAGGCCAUCGCCCACGGGGUCCCGGCGCUGACGUGGCCCAGCUUCGCCGACCAGUUCUGCAGCGAGCGGCUGCUCGUGGAUGUGCUCCGGGUCGGCGUCAGGUCCGGCGUCAAGGUGCCCGCCAUGAACGUGCCAGAGGAAGCCCAGGGGGUCCAGGUGGCGAGCGGGGACGUGGAGAAGGCUGUGGCCGAGCUGAUGGACGGCGGGGAAGAGGGGGCCGCGAGGAGGGCCAGGGCCAAGGAGCUCGCCAAGGAGGCCAGGAAGGCCAUGGAGGAAGGCGGGGCGUCCUGCUCUGACCUGGAGGACAUGAUCCGCUAUGUCUCGGAGCUGUCAAGGAAGAGGAGCCACGAGAGGGGCACGAGCUCGACGCCCGUGCCUUCUGCCGCGGCGGCAGAGCUCGGGAGCAAGAAGGGCGAGAAGAUCGAAGCCGACGCUGCCUUGUCAGUACAGUCCUAAUUAAUUAAGCUGCACGACGCCGCCAUUAAUUAUCAACUUUACUAGAUGUUCAACUCCGUGCUACAGAUUCUACGAUACGUGUGUUUACCUAGUCAAACAUUCAUGCUUUGCUUAAAUGAAAGGAAAAAAAGAGGACUUUGUGAUUGCAUUCGAA